AUUUGGGGGAUGUCCUCUUAGUCUUGAGUCCCCCCUCCCUCCCAAAUGGACAAAAACUCAAAGGGAAAACGGGAAAGGGAAAGGGAAAGAGAAGGGAACAAAGAUGUGCACUGCAAUUGAGGGAAUGGAUGGCCCAUGUUCCAACACUGGGACCGUCCCGGACCACAUUUCGAGUAAGAUCAGCAAAGCAACGACUGAGAACAAUUGGUUCAAAGUUGGAGAAAGAAGUCAACUAGUAGUAUUCUCUCACACACCACACACCCACGCAACGCACGCACACACAUGGGCAAGUCAGUCAGUCAAUCAGUUGUCAAGAUUGCUGUUGUCCGGGCCAAAUUGGCCAGUGCCCAUUGUCAAGUCCCCAUUUUCCGUCUUCCCCCUUCUCCUCCUUGCCUAUCUUGCUUUCUCAAUGUCGGUGACUUCGCUCUGGACUUGCCUUUUGGUCUUGCUUUGGACUUUUGGGCUCCACGGUAUGCACGUAAUUCCACAACCGAUGAAGCCAAUCCGAAAAAGCCGGUCCCCAGUUCUGAUAAGAGAGAGCACGAACGGAAAAAACGUCCGUAAGUAUACCUAAUCUAUCUGGCAGUAGUGGCUACUAGCAAUUUCGAGAAACAAGCGACUGGAAUAAAUUAUUUCUACACCAAUGGUGAAACGAUCC